AUGUCGCUGCUAUAUAUAUCUCACCUUCUUCAGGUGGGCGAGGGUAGUUACGGUAGCGUGUACAGAUGUACGGAGAAGGUCUCGCAUUCUAUCAUUGCCCUUAAGUCAGUCUCGCUGGAGGAUGCUCUAAAGUCCAACAUCACGAGUCUAGGGAGAGAGAUUGACAUAUUGAAAGAAUGCAAACACCCGAACAUCACGCUGUAUCUUGGCAGUUUCAUCGAGGCGCAGAAACUUUGGAUUGCGAUGGAAUUCUGUGGGGGUGGAAGUUGUAGUGAG